AAUUGUAUACAUCAAGUAUGACUAGCGAUGACAUGCUAAUCUCCUGCUAUUUAAGCUUAAUCCUCCCCUAGCCAGGGGACCAAACUACCUCACUCAAUCUCUCUCUCUCACUCACUCACUCUGAGCUCUCACACUAUCUAGCUCCCGAUUGGCCUGGUGAGAACAUACUCAAAACUGCCUCUCUCUGGGACCAACCAGAGAACCCCUGAAUCUAAGUCCUAUAUAUCGCCAUAGCCCAGUGGCUUCUACUGCUCCCAACUGCAUUUCUUUGCAACGUUGCUCAAGGUCGUCGUUGGUGGUGAAUCUAACCUCACAGAUUCUUGGAACCAGACAUCGUCAAUGGGGAUCAUCAACUGGAUGCAGAACAGAUUCCAUGGGAAGACCGAGAACAGAAUCUUUGACGGCGGCGCAACUGCCACCAGUUCAUAUAGAGGCGCUGGAGCCCAAGAGAGACAAGAGACGAUCAUUCGUGAACCAGAGAAGCAUCUCGACGCCGAGCCAUGGCCUCAGGCGCCGGCGGGGCUCCUCUCCAUCGGCACGCUCGGCAGCGAGGAGCCUCCGCCGCCGGCAGCGCAGGACCUGCCGGAGUUCACCGUGGAGGAGGUGAAGAAGCUCCAGGACGCGCUGGCCAUGCUCCUGCGGCGCGCCAAGUCCAAGUCCAGCGCCCGCGGCUCCGCGGCCGGCGAGGACAGGCCGCCGCUGGACAGGUUCCUCAACUGCCCGUCCUGCCUGGAGGUGGACAGGCGGGUCCAGACGACGGCCAAGCACGGCGAGUGCGGCGGUGGCCAGGAAGGCGAAGGAGACCUCUCGCCGGACACCAAGAUCAUACUGACCAGGGCCAGAGACCUGCUCGACAGCGGCGGCGGCAUCAAGCAGAGGUCGUUCAAGUUCCUGCUCAAGAAGAUGUUCGCCUGCAAUGGCGGCUUCUCGGCGGCGCCGCCUCGGAGCUUGAAGGACCCAGUGGAGUCAAGAAUGGAGAAGUUCUUCCGAACGGUGAUCGGGAAGAAGAUGAAUGCCAGCUCGGGCAACAGGUCGUCAACGUCGAGGAAGUACUUCUUGGAGGAUGGAACCAGCAAGGGGAAGAGGCGAGGUGCUCGUCGUUGUGGUUGCCAAGAGGAGGAGGAGGAGAGGGAAGAGAGCUGCAAAUGGGACAGAACAGAUUCUGAAUUCAUUGUUUUGGAGAUAUGAAAGUGACAAUAUCAUGGUGGAUUAGUGAUGAGGCGACUAGAAUCAAGAAAAUGCCAAUGGUCAAAGUCAAUCAGGGGUCCUUGAGAUGGAGAAACCAAAUGCCCCCCUGCAAGCCAAGAUAUGAGUUGCUUGCACUGUGGAAACUGUCCAAUCUUUCUUCUUCCUCUUUUUUUUUUCCUUUUUGGAUGAGACAAGAAUCUCAUUCUCCCCCUAUGUGGGCAUGUAAAUACAUUUUGUGCCACGUAUAGUUGGACUAGGUAAAUUUUCAAUAGUAUUUUUAUACAGUUCGGUUUUCAUGUAGCCUUGGUAACCCAACAAAAAUAGCCUAUAUACGAGUUCAAUGGUUAAUUUACACUCAUCCCUAUGCCUCACCAUGUAAUAUACUCUCUUAGUCCUUAUUUGGAUGUAGUCGAAUCGCACCAAUCCACGUAGAAUGUUGGCGUGGA